AUGCAAAUAAUAAAGCCAGUCAUUCUUGUAGCUGCUGCUUCAACCGCAUCCGCCUUUAGCUUGAGAAGUGGAAUCGCUAUCGUUCAUGGCAACCUGUCCCUGCCUGUCAAUGCCAAUUUUGCUGCUAGCUAUUUAGCUCCAUUUGCGCCCGAAGAUGCUGUUGAACAGCCAUUCGAAUUGAUUGAUGACCACGAAGAUCUCGUUACCAACCGCCAUGGCAACAUUGUCUCCCUAAGAAAGCGAGCCGAUGAUUGUCAAAAGUACCACAAAGCCAUCUCUGGUGAUAAUUGCUACACAUUGGCUCUUAAGUACAAUGUCCCGGAAGAUAGUCUUUACGAAUGGAACGACCAAAUCAACUCCAAGUGUACUAACCUCUACAUUGGCAAAUCUUACUGUGUCAAGAAGGACGGCGAGGCCAUCUUGGAAACUGCAUGCACCAAAAUCUAUGUUGUUCAAAGCACUGACACAUGUAUCUCGGUAUCCAAAGCACAUGGCAUUGAAUUAGACGUCUUUUACAAGAUGAACCCCUCAGUCAACAAGGGCUCCUGCAACAAUUUAUUGACUGGCGGUUCUUACUGUGUCAAGGAAUCCACCAAGAACGUUUCUAAUGCCAUUGUUAACAAGGCAGCAAAGAUAUCCUCCGCUACGACCGCCACUACGACUACUACCAAGACCAGGAAGCGUCGUAGCACCAAGAGAAAGUCUCGUUCUACAAGAGCUUCAUCCACUCGUCGUGCCAAAUCCUCCCAGAAAUCAAAGUCUACUACCAUUACUAAAAACACAACUACAACAACUGCCACUACUGCGACCAGAACCACGAUCACCACUACUACCAAGGAACCUACUACCACGACCACCACUACUACCAAGGGACCUACUACCACGACCACCACUACUACCAAGGAACCUACUACCACGACCACCACUACUACCACAACAAGAACCACGACGACUACCAAGAGGCCCACUACUACCAAAAACGGAGAAGAACCCAAGGCCACCAGCUCCUCUGAAAAAAAGGAUAGCCGUAAAUUGCUUCAAAAGAGUUCUGAUUUGACCUACUACUGGAUUGCUCACCCUGACGAUUAUGAACAUGGAGGAAAAUCUGUUACUGUCAAGACCUGUAAUGGCGACAGUCUUGGUACCGUCUCUGAAAAGUACGCUGAUGCCUUGGUCAUGGAAGGCACUGGUAUUAUCGGCAACAAGAUCAUCAAUCUCGGUGGUUGCUCUUGCAGUGACUACAAGUGUUUCAUGGAAGUUGACAAAAAGGAAGAUCCAUAUGGUUUGACCUCUUUCGGCAGCCCUCUUCGUCCUUUUAUUACUAUUGCUGCUAACGACAUCAAAAGAAACACCAAGAUCUAUGUUCCUUCCAUUGACGGCUGGGAAAUUCCUGGCAGUUCCAAGAAGCACAAUGGUUGCUUGCUUGUUGAUGAUCGCAGCUGGAGCUUCGAUAGUAACCAUAUUGAUUUCUAUGUCUACCGCGAAAAGAACUAUCGUUUGUUGAACGGCGAGCACAAGGUCAGCUCUGUCGACAUUUACGAAGGGGGUGAUUGUCAUCUCCUCAACUAUAUCUAA